AUGAAUUAAAUUCAAUAAGAGAUAACAACAAUCCCUACAAAAAUCUUUAGAAAUGCAUAAUGGAUAUCUAAAAAUUAAAGUGUUAAUAAAAGAAAAAGUCCUAAUUAUCCUUGUAAGAGAUGGGGACAUACAGCUGUCUUGCAUGAUAAAUAUAUGUAUGUUUUUAGUGGUUGUGGUAAAUCAGACAAUGCCAAAUAAUGGGAAUAAAUCUAUCGUAUGGAUUGCUUAACAUUUUAAUGGGAAAGAUUGAUUAGUCCAUCUGCUUAACAUCCAGCUGGUAGAGAUUCUCAUUGUUCUGUUUGUCUUCAAAAUAAGCUGUAUUUUUUUGGAGGGUCUAGUAAUGAUUACAUAAUGGGUGAUUUUUGGAGCUUUGACAUUGAGACAUCAGAGUGGACAGAAAUAUAAGUGCCAAAAGAUAUGCAAGCUAGAGAAGGACAUUCAAUGAUCGCUUUAUCUUAGAGAUUAAUUUACAUAUAUGGAGGUUGGGACUAAGUAUAGAACACAAUGACAGAAUCACAUUGGUUAUAUGAUAUAAAAACUAACAGAUUUUUAUAAAUAACUAAUUUCACUGGAGAUGAGAUGAUUAAAUUAGAAAGUCAUACUGCAAAUAAGAUUGGAGAAAGUGUGUAUAUAUUUGGGGGUCAAGGUUAGAUGUCACAAAAACAAUUAUUAUUUUAUAAAGAUUUAUAUAAAUUAGAUUUUGAGAGUGUGAAUGAUUUAUAACAAAGAUUUGAUUAAUAAGAUUCAUAAGAGGACAAAAAGUAAAUUAAUGAAAACAAUAUUGUUAUUAAAAUUGAGAAGAUCAAACCGAAUGGUUCUUAAUAGCCAACACCUCGUGCUUCACAUUCUGCAGUGGCUUAUGCUGAUCGAUUUCUUUUUAUAAUAGGAGGAGAAGGGUAUAUUUAUUGAAAUAUUAAUUAGUUAUCAAUAUGAUUAAUAAAAGGAUAAUGAAGAAGAAGCAAUAGAAUAAGAUUAAGAUGAUAAUUUUUAGAAUAUGGAUGAAGAAGAAAAGCCAAUAUAUCCUAAGAAUGAUAUAUGGAUAUUUGAAACAGUUAUGAGGGUAAUAGUAGUUAAUUAAAGUGUUAGACUUGGAGUAAAUUAGUACCAAGAUCUAAAACACCUAUAUUUUAGCCAAGAUUUUCACAUAGUUGUAUUGUUUUUAAAGAUUAAUUAAUUGUAUUUGGUGGAUUAAGAAGUAUGGGUGAGGUUCUAGAAGACAUCAUGGUAUUACAUUUGAAAGAUAGUGAAAAUCAUUUAUAAAAGUUUUCAAGAGAUGAAAUGAAAAAUGUUUGUAAAUAUUGUUAAUUGAUAUAUGGAAAUUAAUAAGAGGAAGAUAUCUCUUUUAAUAAAGUAGCAGAAAACAAUGCUAUUCGUUAACCAAAAUUAUCUUUGACUUUCAUUGAUGAGUAAUAUAUUUAUAAUAUAUUUAAUUAGAAUUUCCAAACUAGUUUAAUCACCUAUGUCAUGUUUUGGUUUAUUCUUAGAUAAUGCUAAAUUAUCAGAAGCUUCUGAAUUUAAAAUUGAAUAUGCUUAAAGAGUAAGAAGAAAGAAAUCUUAAUUUACAACUGAUGAUCUUUAAGAGAAAAUACCUUUAAUUAUUUUAUUUGAAAAAGAAACAAAAGAUUUAGAAGAUUUAAGUGAUUAUUUAUUUAAUUUUGAUAUUCCAAAGAAGAAAAUAUGUUUAAACAAAUAAGAUUAUGAAUAAAUAACAAGAAAUGGAGGAGAAGGUUUAAUUUAAGAAGAAUAAUAAUAAUUCAAUAAAAAAUAAUAUGCAUUGAAUUUUAAAAUUGCAUCUCUUAGAUUAGGUGAUAGUGUUUUAAUUUGUCAUAAAUCAUAAAAUAAUUAUUAUGUUGGUUUUAUUUCAAUGAAUAACCACAUAAAUCCUAGUGAUGAUUCCUUAACAUUUUAUAAUUACACUCUUACUAUUACUAGUGAGAAGGAGAGAAAAGUAGAUUCACCUGAAAGUAAAUAUGUAUUAUUAAAUGCUAUUACUCAUCUAUUAAUUGAAGAAGAUUUCAUAUUAAAUUGUAAUUACAAUUAUACUAAGAUUUUUAUCUUUGAUCUUGCUAAAAUACAUUCUCAUUAGAAAGUAUUUGAAUUAAAUCUUUAUAAUGAUGAUAUCAUCUCAAAUACAUAUUCAGCUUUUGAUUUAAAAUUGGAUGAAGCCAUUAAAUAUCCUGAUUAUUCUUUAAAGGAAUAUAUUAAAUUUUAUUCAUUAGAUCCAUUUCCUUAUAAAGUCUUUAUUAAUGAUUUACAAUAAGCUUAAUCAUCUAUUAAAAAUAAGUUGGAAAAUAAAUUCAAAGUAAUGUUAGGUAAUGGUAAACUUUUCAAUAAAUUAAAUGAAUGCACAGAAGCUUAUGGAAUAUGUAGAUUACCUUAAAAUAAUAUAGGAAUAUUUUUAUAUUAUUAAGGUAGAUUGAUUAACAGAUACAAACGAUCUUUGGGAGUAUUUCCAAGAGAAUAAGAAUAUAGUGGAUAUUUAAAUUUAUGCAGAUUCAUUAAACCUAAUAUAACAUAGGAAGUAAGAAUUCAUAUUUUUUAUUAUUAGGGUUUUUAAAAUUCAUAUUUAAGUUCAAUUUUAUUUUAAUUGCUUGGAUCAUUAGAGGAAGAGUGGGAACCAGAAAGAAGAAAAGAAAUUAAAGUUUGA